AUGGCUGCUCCUCUAGGCCUCUUCUCCGUCUUUGCCUUCGCUUUGCUGCUCGCCACUGCCUCCGCCUCCUUCCCCGAAGCCAGAGAAGCGUUCAGCUACUCGGGUGACAGGGGACCGAGCCACUGGGGGCAUCUGAGUUCAGAAUACUCAGCAUGCUCUAAUGGCAAGAUCCAGUCCCCCGUCAACGUCAUUAAGAACCAGAUGGUUCUGAACAAGGACCUCACACCCCUGACCCAGGAUUACCAUCCCGCCAACGCCACCCUCGGCAACAACGGUGUCAGCAUUGCGAUAAAUUUCGAGGAAGAGGUUGGAGCGUUGAUGGUAGGAAACAAGAAGUACAGCUUGAAGCAGAUGCACUGGCACACUCCCUCCGAGCACUACCUCGAUGGAGUCCAGUAUGCUGCUGAGAUGCAUCUUCUCCACCAGACCAAUGAUGGAAGCAUAGCCGUUGCUGCUGUCCUCUACAAUUACGGCGAACCUGACCCCAUCCUCCAGAAGAUCGACAAGGUGUUGGUUCAGCUGGGGCAGGAGAGCUCUGGCUUGGGUAAGGAAUCUCACAUUGCUUUGGGACUCUUCAACCCGAAGGACAUCAUCAGCAGCACCAGCAAGUACUACCGAUACAUCGGCUCCACCACUACCCCUCCUUGCAUCGAAAAUGUUAUCUGGAGCAUCCUCGGAGAGGUGAGGACGAUCUCGGAGGAGCAGGUGCAGACUCUGAGGGCUCCGCUGAACAGCGACAGCAAGAGCAACUGCAGACCGGUGCAGCCCCUCAACGGGAGACAGAUUGAGCUGUACGAAGCUCUGUAA